AAAUUUUGGGAUCAGAAUUUUUUUUGUGAGGGAUAUCAUGAAUAAGUCUUAUUCUGUAACAGACUGGGCAUUACAUGAUGGGAAUACGGACACCAAUACUGGGGUGGAUCCCACAGGAAUGUUCUAUUUACAGGAUGAGGAUAAUGAUUCAAAUAUGGAGACAGAACAAAAGGCAGCCUACGAGAAUCGCUCACCGGUAGAAGAUGAAGAACCAAAAAUAAAACAAGUGGAAGAGAGCGAGAGCAGAUUGUUUGCUAAAGUCGAUGAUCAAAUAGAGGAGGAUGAAGAAAAGAAGGAAAAUAUAGAGCUCCCAGCUGUAAUACACGCUAAAUCGCCAUCACCUUUGCCGGAGGAUAUUAAUGGUAAUCCUGUGGAAUGUGUGAAAAGGACUCUAAGGAUCAUAGACUCACUCUUAUGAUAAACACCCUCAAAGGAUCAGAGACUUACACUCAUAAUGAACACACUUAAAUGAUCAUAGACU